ACUUCCGGGUAUCCUGUGGAACGCGCGGGAAUUUUAUAAGCGCGAGUUUUUCUGCCAGCUGAGUGUUUGUCCUUCUACAGUGUGUCGGAAAUAAACCUUAUAAAUAAAUAAAAAAAAAGGAAGGCUGGUCUUUAUAAAUAUAUUGCUUUAAAAGUUUUCCUGUGUGGAUGUGUUCAUGAUGAACUGUGAGCUGUUGGCCACUUGCAGUGCCCUCGGGUAUCUGGAGGAGGAUAAAUAUCACAAAGAGCCUGACUGCUUGGAGAGUGUUAAAGACCUGAUUCGCUACCUGAGGCAUGAGGAUGAGACAAGGGACAUAAGACAGCAGCUGGGAGCCGGCAAGAUCCUCCAGAAUGACCUUUUAUUCAUCAUCACUCAGCAUGGACAGGACAAGCCUCUGUUUGAUGCCUGCAUCAGGCUCAUGGUGAACUUGACCCAACCUGCACUUCUCUGCUUUGGAAAAACCCCAAAUGAUGCAGUUUUUCGACACCAUUUCCUCCAAGUUGUGACUUAUCUACAAGGAUACAAGGAGGCAUUUGCCAACGAGAAAGUGUUUACAGUCCUGAGUGAGACGCUGUACAACCUGCUGCAACUGGAUUGGGAACAGAGGCAGGAGGAGGAUAACUUGCUGAUUGAGAGGAUUCUGCUGCUCGUCAGGAAUGUGCUGCAUGUCCCUGCUGACCCCACUGAGGAAAAGAAUGUGGAUGAUGAUGCCAGUGUACAUGAUAAGUUGUUGUGGGCAAUCCACAUGAGUGGGAUGGAUGACCUGCUGAAGUUCCUGGCCAGCGCUCAGAGUGAGCAGCAGUGGAGUAUGCAUGUGCUGGAGAUCAUCUCGCUCAUGUUUAGAGAUCAGACUCCCGAGGUGCUGGUGAGUGCAGGACAAAGCCGCUCCAUACAGGAGAAACAGAAAGACACACAAGAGCUAGAAGCUCUCAGGCAGAAAGAGAUGGCAGAGAAACGGAGCCGUACGCUACAGAGGGGAACCAGGCACUCACGUUUUCGAGGCUCAUAUGUGGUCCAGGGGUUAAAGUCUAUUGGUGAGAAAGAUGUCAUUUUCCACCAAGGACUUCACAAUUUUAAGAACUAUUCUCAUGACUCUGGGAAGGCCGUGAGACGCAUCCCCAAGCGUAAACAGACCGCCCGAGACCCCAAGACCCAGCGCCGCUCUGUACUCAAUGUGCGGCUCUUCCUGCGUGAAUUCUGCGUAGACUUCCUGGAGCACUGCUACAAUAGACUCAUGUACCUUGUCAAGGAGUCAUUAAUUCGUGAACAGGGCCAGCAGCAUGAUGAAAUGUAUUACCUCUGGGCUCUGAGCUUCUUCAUGGCCUUUAAUCGUGGAAAUGGUUGCAGGCCUGAGCUUGUCUCUGAGACUCUCUCCAUUCGUACCUUCCACUUCAUAGAGAAGAACAUCACCAACUACUAUGAGAUGAUGCUCACCGAUCGCAAAGAGGCCACAUCGUGGUCUCGCAGGAUGCAUUUGGCUUUGAAAGCCUACCAAGAACUUUUGAUGACUGUAAAUGAAAUGGAUCACUCAAAAGAUGAGAACAUCCGCCAGAGUGCAAAUGUUAUCAAGAGUAAUAUCUUCUAUCUGAUGGAGUUCAGAGAGAUUUUCCUCACCCUCUUGCGAAAGUUUGAUGAGCGAAUGCAGCCCCGCUCAUUUCUGCGUGAUCUGGUAGAAUCCACGCAUCUGUUUUUACGAAUGCUCGAACGUUUCUGCAAGGGCCGAAACAAUCUGCUUGUGCAGAAAAAAAAGACAAAAAGGAGAAAGAAGAAAAAGAGUUCAACUGUGCAGAUGGAGAAUACUCCAGAAGCACUGGAGGAAACAUGGCAAAUCGUGUCUCAGGAGCUCAGGGCCUCUGGCUUUCAGUUAUCAGAAGCUCUGCGAGAGGGUGUGGUGCCCUUUGACGCCGCUUCUGAGGUUCCUGUUACUGAACAGCGGACUGAAGCCAUGAUCCGUAUCCAGGAUGCUUUGUUUGCCCGCACCGGGCCAGAAGCACUCGGAUUACUGCGAGCUGCACGCGAGGUGUGGCCAGAAGGAGACGUAUUUGGUUCUUCUGAGGUGGAACCUGAGGAAGAGCUUGAUCUUCUGAAGCAGAUUCUCUUUGCUGAACUUCCCAGACCAGCUCAGACAGAACCUGCAAUGGAUGAUGUUGAGGAAGGGGCAGAGCUAGAUGAGGAAGAUGAACUGGAGACUGUGCAAGUGUCUGAAACUGAGUUCAACUUUUUGGAUUUUAUUAAGAGGUUUGCAAAUCCAAACAUUGUUCGGCCAUAUUUGGUGUUGCUGCGCUCGUACUCAACAAACACACCGCAUACCAACCACUGCAUUGCCCGCAUGCUUUACCGUGUUGCUGUGGACCUGAAGAUGGAUGCUUUGCUUUUCCAGCUUUCUGUAUUCCACCUCUUCAAUAAAAUCUUCACUGACCCUGCUGCCUCAGCCUAUAAGGAGCUGGUUACUUUUGCCAAGUAUGUUGUGAACCGAUUCAUCUCUCUCACUACUAAUAACAGCAAAGCCUUCAUCGAGCUACUUUUCUGGAAGAAUGUUCACAGUGUGAGACAGAUGACUGAAGGCUACAGUGCAGAUGAUAGUGAUGGUGCUAAGAAAAAAGUCAUUUGGACACCAGAGGAAGAAGAGGAGCUUCGACGAGUAUAUGAGGAACACAAGGAUUCUGAAGUUCCUGACAUUGUGGAGACCAUUCUGCCAUUGCUCAGCACAGAACGCACCAGACGACAGGUUGUGGUCCAGAUGGUGUCUAUGGGUCUUGUGGACAGUGUAAAGGACCUGAAGAAAGAGAGAAAAGGUACGAGUAUUGUGCUCUGGACUGAGGAGCAGGAACAGGAGCUGCAGAUGCUGUUUGAGGAAUACAAAGACUCUGAUGAUGUGCUGGGGAAUAUACUGAAGCGCCUGACCGCUAAACGCUCCAGAGCACGAGUCGUGGAUAAGAUCAUCAGCAUGGGCCUGGUGUCUGAGCGCAAAGAGCUGUAUAAGAAACGACGACGUAAUACUGCUGGGAAAAGCCGAGGAAUGGCUGAAGAGGACUUUUUUGCUGACCUUAGUGGAGAACCUAGAGAUGAUAUGAUUGACGGAGAUGAGGAGCAAGAUGAAGAACUGGAGGAAGAUGAUGAUCAUGAUGAAGGAGAAAAAGAAGAAAUUAGACCUGUCCGUCAAAAGAAGGUCAACAGGCGAGAAAGUGUCGUGGAAAAAAAUGCCAGUGUGGCAUCUAUGGCUCAGAGCUUACGGGGAGAAGGCAUGUCGGGCCCGAUCUUGUGGCUUCAGAACUGCCUGAACAGAGCAGCAGAUGAUCGGGAAGAAGAUGGUGUUUCUCACCCUGUGGCACUGGUUCCUCUGACAGAGGAGAAUGAAGACGCCAUGGACAACCUAAAUUUUCAAAGGCUUCUUCACAAAGUUGGCAUCCGUGCACCAGCUGAUGAACAGGAGUCUUUUUGGAGGAUUCCUGCAACUAUGAGCAUCUAUCAGCUACGGUCAAUUGCGGGAUCUCUCAACCUGGCAGAGGAAAGUGAGGUCAACGUUCAAGAGGAAAUUGAAACAGGGAUGACCGUGGACCCUGAAUUGGCGCAGAACGAUGAUGAAGGCGAAGACUCGCAGGAGCUUAGAGCUCAGGCACUCCGAGCCCUGCUGCUGGCACGCCAGAGAAAGCAUUCCUCUGAAGACACCAAAAAAAAAUCUGCUGAUGUGGAUACCACUUCUGAAAGUGGAGCAGAAAGUUCUGCUGCUGUUGAAGGUAAAACCUCAGUGAAGAGGAGUCGUGUGCUGGACAGUGAUGAUGAUGAGGAUGAGAGAGGUGAGGCCUCUCCUUCUAAAAUGAAUACAGAAACUGAGGGAGGAAAUCACUCAGACGAGGAAACUCGCUCGGCUCCUGCUAAGCGAAGGCGCAACCGGGUGCUGAGUGAUGAUGAAGAUGACUAAAUGGCUCAUCUAAAAGCUUUCACAGCUUCUAGUCCCCUACCCUCCCAGACAGAACGACACGCAUGCAUACACACACCAAAAAUAAUGAAUCAUUUCAUAUUACAGUCCACUUUUAAACGAAAGUUUUAAAUUGUUAAAAUGUGUUUUUGUGAGUUGGGUUUUUAGGUCUGGAGUAAAGCACAAGCAUGGUGCUAAUGCUGCAGAUUUAGAUAUUGCCCCUUGAAAGGAAGAUAUGCUCUGAAGAAAUCAUCCAGAUAAUAAGGACCUUUUGUUUUGCUAAGCAUAGCCGCAAGCUGUUUAGAGGUUCAGCCUUUGUUUCUAAUUCUAUAAUAAUUGUGAUCCUUGAUAGUCUCUUCAUUUCUGACUUCUGAAAUGUUUGUGGACCUGAGCACCACCCUCUAGCCUCAGCAGAACCAUUCAUCUCUGCUCUAGAAGACAUUCAACACAUUCAUAUGUCCUAAAUGGACUUCUCCUUGCGUAAAUGUUUAAUAUGUUCAUCA